AGGUAAAUCCGCAUUCGCGAAGGUGUCUCCUGAGACAUCCGGGGGAGCUUCUACAUGACAAAGCUGCGCCGUGGGAGCGGAGACACCUGUCCCCGAGCCCCGUCCCCUCCCCACAGGUGGGCUGCCGUCAGGACGACGCGCAAGCCCCGCGGCGACCGCCCUUCGAGCGCCCGCCCAGCAGGGAGCCCACCGCGGACCGCGAAGGCAGCGCUCCUGCCCCGCCGAGCUAAGGCUUAGCUCCCAGUGGGGCCGGGCCCCCUCGUCGUCGUCGGGGGGCCCGGGAUGCGGGAGGGCCGCGGCAGGGAGGAGGCGGCACGGCCGGCGGGCGGGCAGCUCGUGGCGUCACAAAGUGGGGCCUCCUUGCACAUCAGAGAGCAGGAAACGUUUAUUCAGUCACCAAACCAAACUUCUGUUGCUGAGCAUGGGGCGUCGGCGGGGCCCCAGGCGCUGGCAGCCGACCGGGCCGAACACCGUAGCAAGAGGCUUCGUCCCGCGGUCAGGAAGGAGGAGGGGGUCCGAGAGGGAGGGGGUCCGCUCCAGGCUUCCUCCUCCCUCCCUUCCCGCACCUGCUCCUCCAGCGCCCUGCCCCCCUCCCAGGCGCGGGGUUCCGCCAGCGCGGACUCCAGACCCGGCUCAGAGCGGGUGCCCAGUGAAUGCUGGAGGACAAGAGACACGUCCCAGCGCGCAGGCCGCCGGGCGGGACCCCUGGGGACGGGGCGCGCGUCCCGGGGCUCAGGCCGCGCGGCGGGACCCGUGGGGACGGGACCCGGUGGGACCGAGCGCAUGUCCGGCAGGUGGAACCGAGAACGAGCGUGUGCGUCCCCCUGGCCCCCACUCCUCGCUCCUUGCACCUCUCGGGCUGGCUGCCCCCUGGAGCAGGUUUCGGGGCGCUCCGGGGUAACUGCGGCCGCAAGCCCUUGCCGUCUCACAUCUCGGGGCCGAGAUGGAGGGAACACGCGGGUCUCCGCCUGCCCCGCGUCCGAAACCUCGCGCACGCGGGGUCUGCAGGUUUCAAUCUGCGGCUUCGCGGAGACUCGCGGUGCCGCACUUGACAGGCUCCUCGCUCCGCCCCCGACGAGCCAGGACCAUCUCAGCAAAGAAUCCUGCCGAGUCCGCUUAGCCCGGAUUCCCGCGCGCUGAGAGCGGACCCUCACCCCGCCCGACGUCAGGCCACCCCCCGCCUGCGGCGGGCAUCCUGUCGGGCCGGUUUCGCCGGAACCCCCACCUGGCUGGCGCCGGAGUGACCCGUCUGUGCUAGGCAGGAAGGAGGGCUUCACCCCAAAUUCCUUCCUCCUUUGGUGCAGGCCGAGCGGCGCUCAGGAGACCCGCA